GGCGGCGGCUCGGGCGGCGUCUGGACGGCGCCAUGGCGUUGGGUCGGCGAUGAGGGAGGCGGCGGGGGCCGCCGGACCCGGCGGGGAGGGCAGCAGGCGGGGCAGGUACUUGGCCAGUGGAGGAUCCUGAGGUGAUGCAUUCCUUGCCUGCAAGAAGCUUCCGCUCCAGAGGAGGAAGACAGCCCUAACGAGGCGCGGGGCAGGAUGGAGAGCCGGCCGGCGGGGCGGAGCAAGGUGCCCGCCUUCCUGUCGGAUCUGGGCAAGGCCACCCGGCGGGGCAUCCGCAAGUGCCCGCGCUGCGGGACCUACAACGGGACGCGGGGGCUGAGCUGCAAGAACCAGGCCUGCGCCGCCGUCUUCCGCUUCGGCGCCCGCCGGCAGCCCGGCCCUCUGGCCGUCCAGGUGCUGACGGGCUGCGACCCCCCGGUCUUCUCCGUGCGGCUGCGCCAGCGCGGGCCGGACCGCCGGGGCUUCGUGGAGCUGGCCGCCCCCGGGGGCCCCGCCCGGCCCGCCCCCGGCCGCUGCCACGUGCCCGGCUGCCGGAAGGCGGCCGAGGAGCCGUGCCACCACCUGAAGCUGGCCCGGGACUGCCGGGCCCGGGCCUUCCCGCUGACCCUGAAGAGCUCGGUGCUGAGCGCCAUGCCGGUGGCCCCGGAGGUCAAGCAGACCAUCUGGCAGCUGGCCACCCAGCUGCCCGGGCCCCUGGUGCAGAGGGUCACCAAGACCACGCUGGUGGUCAAGUGCCAGCCCGCCCAGAGGCCCGGCCCGGGCUACGUCCACGCCUCCUUCGCCCGCAAGGCCGGGGCCGAGGGCGCGGCCGAGAGGCGCUUCCUCUGCUCCUGUCGGGGGGCCGGGCCCGGGCCGGCCCCGGCCGAGGAAGAGCCCGCCGCCCCCAGGUGCAUCCACUUCUUCGCCUGCCUCUGCGCCUUCGCCAGCGACGAGACGUUGGCUCAGGAGUUCGCCGACCUCCUCGGCUGCCACUCGGCCGGCCUUAAAGGGGUCCCCGGGCCCCAGGGAGGCGACCCCCCGGAAUCAACCACCCCCGCCGGCCAGCCUCCGGCCUCCAAGCCUAAGAAGAGGAAAAAGGACGAAGCUUCUGCCAACAGCCUCCUGCCGCCUCAGGAUGGAGGCGGGGGCGGCAGCGGGAGCGGCAGCGGGAGCGGGAGCGGGAGCGGUCACGUCAAGAAAAGCGGAUCGAAAAAGACGCCCGUCGCCUCGUUCCUCAAGAGACAAGCCUGCGGACCAGCGCCGGACGAGUCUCAGGUGUCCCUGUCCUUCCAGGAGUGGCUGGCUAGCGUCACCGAGCGCAUCCACCAGACCAUGCACUACCAGUUCGACGGCAAACCGGAGCCCCUGGUGUUCCACAUCCCCCAAGCCUUCUUCGACGCCCUGCAGCAGAGGAUAGCCUUGGGAAGCACAAAGAAGAGGGUCCCUAACGCCACCACAGCUUUCGUCCGCAGAGAUGCCCCGCCUCUGGGUACCUUCUCCAAGUAUACGUGGCACAUCACGAACAUCCUGCAGGUUAAGCAGAUAUUGGACACCCCUGAGAUGCCCCUGGAGAUCACCCGCAGCUUCAUCCAGAACCGGGACGGGUCGUACGAGCCGUUCCGCUGCCCCAAGGUGGAGGUGGAGAGCGUGGCGGACGCCUACGGGCACCAGGAGAGGCAGCCCGCCCUGCGCCCGCUGCAGAUGAAGACUUUCCUCAAAGUCGGCCACACGGCCCCGGAUCAGAAGGAGCCGACGCCGUUCACUUUCGAGUGGACCCCGGCCAUCCUGCCCCAGUCCAAGAUGGGCGAACUGCGGAUCAAGUUCGAGUACGGCCACCACCGCAACGGGCCCGGCCCCCCGGCCCCGCGCCCGCCGCCGGACCGGACCCCGGAGCUCACCCCUCUGACCCCCGUCGCCUUCCCCUGAGGCCGCUCGCUCGACGCGCCCCGGCGGGAGCGGACGGGGGGAAGCCGGGGAGGCCGGCGUCGGCCUCCCCGCCGGCCCGCUCGCCACGGCCCCGCCUGGGGGUCCCGGGGGGGGGCGAGGCGCCGUGUUCCCGAUUCCGUUUCCUAGUCACGAUUAAGCGAAGCACGUCGCCCCCCUUCUCCAGGUUCCGCCGGGCGUGGGACUGUUCAAAACUCAUUAAAAACGACAACGGUAGUAAUGA